AUGGCGCUACUUUUGGGUACCUCUUACGUCUCUUUACUAUUUAUUCUCCUCUUCUUUUGUCAAUUCCUUGAGGCUAUAGACUUAAGUGUCAAGCAUCCUGCUGGAGGACAACUCAAGAUUAGACUAGAUUACGGUCUUGCGACCCAGCCACUCCGAGGUGUGCCAGAAAGCAGAAGACAAGAGUCUCAGCAUCGAUAUCUCUGGUCGUCUUAUCUCGUUUUCAAUGAGCCAGUUUCAAGUAUCACAGACGGCCAGCUCCGAAUGAUGGCCCAAGUCGCUCACAAAGAGAUGGAGACUGACAUGCAGAAAUAUAAGCCUGGUGUCUUCCUUCAGGGUGGUAGGCCAAAAUAUCUCCCUUCCGUCAUGACAAUCGUGGCGUUUGAGAACGAGAUCAUCUUUUCCUCCUCUCAGAAGGGUAUGGAUGGCUUUCUGAACGACUGGCCCCAAAGUCCGGUCAAGCUGGCUCUCGAUCGUUGUAGUGCUCUUUGGAGAGAUCGCGUUAUCAAUGACCCAAGCAGCAAUGCGAACCCAGCUGCAGGACAUAAAAACAAGGCCAAAUGUGGCGAAGUCAAUUCAUUUCAUCAGUACUACAUGACGCACACCACGCCUAUUUCCGAGGUUGACCCCAAAGUCCGUGUUACAACUGUUCUCAAAGUGGGACGUGAUUACAAAAUUUUGGCUCCCUGUGGAACUGACAAAAACGGACAGGAUGAGAAAGAGUUUUGGGGGUGCAAUCUCUUGGUACGCGACCAAAACGUGCAUUAUAUUGGAGAGGAUGAGAUCGCGAAAGGAUUUGCGCUCCAUAAGAUCGCUGGUGGCGUCCGAAGGACCGGCCAAAUUCAGAUGUGUACGAGAAAUCACAUCAUAUGGGAUGACGAAUAA